GGAUACUUAGGGUAAACCAUAUGCUAGAGUUAACCAAAUACCCAAACAAAAGAAAAUUACAUCAAAUUUAGAAAGGAGAUGAAAACCCUAACUUAAAUAAACAAAGAAACAAAGAAAGAAAGAAACAACAUCAUCUGAAAAACAACAAAAGAAAGGAAAUGGGUUGAUGAGCAAGACAGCAUUUCUUCUUCUGCUUCUUCUUCCAAAUUUCACAGGGUCACCACUUUGGGUUUUCUAUUUAAAGCCCCUUUUCUUUCUUCAUUUUAUCUUAAAUCUGGAGGCUUGAGGUGGUGAAGAUUUGAAGAAGAAGAACCCUUUUUGUCAUUGCAGAUGGUGAAUCAAAACUUGGGUUCUUUUCUGUGAAGGCUUAUUCUGGUUUAGGAUAUUGCAGUCUGUGGUCAUGGAAGGUGGAGAAUCAUCAUGGAUUAUACAUAAUCUCUGUAACAUGAGGAGGGAAGUUUCAGCGUUAGACUCGUAUCCUGGGUUCAUUGAUGAAGCUAGUAUUGAAACUGCAAUAAUUUCAAUGGAUUCAGUACUUCCGGAUGACGUGUUGGAGCGGAUUCUAGCCUAUCUUCCUAUUGCAAGUAUUUUCAGAGCAGGUUGUGUAUGUAAAAGGUGGAAAGAAAUUGUUAAAUCGAAGAGGUUCUUAUGGCAUUUUUUGCAUGGAUCACCGCAGACACCAUGGUAUUACAUGUUUACUAGCUCCGAUGAACCUAUUGGUUAUGCUUAUGAUCCAAUUCCUCGGAAAUGGUAUGGCAUUCAGCUAUCUUGCAUUGAUAGGACAGGUUGGCUGCCUGCAUGCUCGUAUGGGUUAGUAUGUUUAAUGGAUACUGAAAGCCAAAGCUAUAUUUUUGUGUGUAACCCUGUAACCAGAGACUGUAAGAGACUCGAAAAGCCCCUGGGUUCUAAGUUUUCUGACUACAGUGCUGUAGCUAUCUCCGUAAACAAGAAGUCUCACGACUAUACUGUUGCUUUAGUGAAAUCGAAGCAAGUUCCUGAUAAUUUUGUUCAGUGGGAUCUUUCAAUUCAAGCUUACGAUUCUGAAACAAGAAUGUGGAUGAAUUGUUUGAAUGAGGUUUUAACGGGUUGGAGAGGGGGUGACGAGAGUAUAAUCUGCGAUGGAAGUCUCUAUUUUCUGAUUUACUCAACUGCCGGUGGGAUGGGUGCUCCUGAAAAUCGCCAUGCAUUAGUGAAGUAUAAUCUCUCUACUAGAUCUUCUCAUGAUUUACUGAUAAAGAGUUUCAUUCCUGUUCCUUGUCCUCUUACCUGCGGCCGCUUGAUGAAUCUUAAAGAGAAGUUGGUAAUGGUUGGAGGAAUUGGGAAACAAUACCGAACUGACAUAAUCAAGGGAAUUGGAAUUUGGGUUCUUAACGGCAGAGAAUGGACAGAGAUUUCUCGAAUGCCUCAGAAAUACUUUCAAGGGUUUGAGGAGUUAGAUGAUGUUUUUGCAAGCAGUGGCACCGGUGAUCUCAUCUACAUUCAGGGCUAUGGGUCCCCGUCUUUACUAACAUUCGAUAUGAACCAUGGACAGUGGAAAUGGUCACAGAAAAACCCGGUGACUAAAAGGUUUCCGUUACAACUCUUCAAUGGAUUUUGCUUCGAACCAAGACUCGAGGUUCUACCCUGAUUUCUUCUUUCUCAUUACUUUUUACCGUUUUUUUUUCUCCUGCCUUCGGUGAUAUUAUAUAUAUCAGAAUUAUCCCCUUGUUGUUUCAGUUUGUUUUUAAACACCUAAUGUUGAUUUUUCGGAAGGUUUAUAGAAACACCCGGAAAUUGUAUCUCAUUCAUGAAAAUUAGCAAAAACAUCACACCAUUCUUUUGCUUAGAGGGGAGAUACAUCUAUGGGGUUGAAUUCAUUCAAUCUAUUUUUUGUCUAUUUUGAGUACCCAUUUUGGCCAUAACUGCUUUCUUCUGUUGUUACUGUUAUGGCCUUACAAGUUUGUAAGUGUUUGAUUCAAAUUGUUAAAUGGCAUCCUCCUCUUUAUGUGGUUCAA